CUGGCUGAUUCUCCAGUUAGCAAAAUGAGAACAAUUAAAAAUUUGGUUGAAUUGAAUGGAAUGAGAAAUAGCCAUAUUAGAGAUUCUGCUGCUCUUAUUAAAUUUUUGUAUUGGAUAAAUAAUGAAAUUUCAUUGGGUCAUUUGGUUGAUGAAAUUAGGGCAGCACGUCAAAUUAAUUAUUAUAGAGAACAAUUGGAUAAAUUUGUAUCGCUUAGUUUUGAGACAAUCUCUGCUGUAGAUGAGAAUGCAGCUUUACCACAUUAUCAUGUUAACGAGAAUAACGAUAAAAAAUUUAUCAAAGAUGAGAGUGUUUAUUUAUUUGAUUCUGGUGGUCAAUAUUAUGAUGGAACAACAGACGUAACAAGAACAAUAUGUUUCUCAAAAAAUCCAACUCAACAUUUUUGUCAAAUGUUUACCCUCGUUUUACGUUCCCAUAUAGAUUGUGCUUGUACUAAAUUUCCGUCAGAAACGUCUCCAGCUGUGUUUGAUGGAAUUACAAGAUUACCGCUUUGGUCUAAUGGAUAUAAUUUUGCUCAUAAUGUUGGGCAUGGAGUUGGACAUUUUUUAAAUGUACAUGAAAUUCCGCGUUCCACAGAGAAAUUUGGUCUUAAAAAGGGAAAUGUUGUUACAAUUGAACCUGGGUAUUAUGAAGAAAAUAAUUUUGGAAUUCGUAUUGAAAAUUGUUAUGAAAUUGUUGAAGCUAAAAAUUUACAGUCUGGCUCAAAAAAUUUUUUGGAAUUUGAAGUACUUACUUUUGUGCCUAUACAAAAAAAUUUAAUUGUUCGAGAAUUGCUGGCACAAAAACAUAUUGAUUGGUUAAAUAAUUAUCACAAUAAAUGCUUCAGCGUUGUUGGACGUUUUCUACAAGAGAAAGGAAUGCAGGAAGAAUAUAAUUUCUUGGCAGAAGCAUGUACUCCAUAUUAA